UCAUCGCACACCAAUUAAACCGUUAUUUAAGAUGAGAGCCGGAAUACCAAUUCUUGGCAGUUUGGCGCGAACGACGUUCGUCAAAACAUCUGGGCUUCGAGAGGAAAAAGAGCUAUCAUGGAGUGCGGGUGCGACGCACCCUACGUCGGGCCCUCUUUGGAGACCACCUGCGGGGGCGGUACCCUCUUCCUGUUCAUGACCCUGCUGGACAACUUCGUCAGGAACAAAUGCGACAUCUCGGAAAUGUGCGGGAGGGUGAGGCCGAUCGCCGCCCCGGACUCAGAGUACGAUUUCGUGGUGAUUGGGGGUGGAAGCGCUGGUGCUGCAGUGGCCGGAAGAUUGUCGGAAGUGCCCGAAUGGAAGGUGCUGCUCAUCGAAGCUGGGGGCGACGAGCCUCCGGGAUCUCAGAUACCCUCGAUGGUUAUAAGUUACCAUGGAGACCCCAAGAUGGACUGGAACUACAAGACGGAUCCCGAACCUGCGGCUUGCAAAGGCUUCCCUGAACAACGAUGCGAUUGGCCGAGAGGGAAAGUACUGGGGGGUUGCAGCGUGAUCCACGGUAUGAUGUACAUGAGAGGAACCCCUCGCGACUACGACAGGUGGGCAGAAGCAGGAAAUACAGGAUGGGGCUAUAACGACGUCCUUCCCUUCUUCCUGAAAUCCGAGGAUAACACGGAGAUCGGAUCUCUGGUAGAUCCCAAGUACCACACAACAGGAGGACCGAUGACGGUCAACAGAUUCCCAGACACUCCGCCGCUGGCUUACGACAUCCUGAAGGCUGCUCAAGAGUUGAAACUGCCUGUUUCCGACGAUCUCAAUGGGGCCCAGUAUAGCGGUUUUGCUGUGGCUCAGUCGAACACAAGAGACGGCGUCAGGUUGAGUAGCGCAAGAGCCUUCCUUCGUCCAGCUCGAGACCGUGCAAAUCUCCACAUAAUGCUCAAUUCAACAGCCACCAAGAUCCUCGUUGACUCGAAAACAAACCAAAAACAGAUAAGGGGUGUUGAGUUCUUGUACCAAAACAAAAAAUAUACAGUGAGAGCAAAAAGGGAAGUGAUUGUAUCGGGGGGAGCCGUCAAUUCCCCUCAGUUACUCUUGCUUUCUGGUAUCGGACCUAAGGACGAGAUUCAGAAGGUUGGGCUUCCAGUGGUGCACGAUUUGCCAGGUGUAGGGAAAAACCUGCACAACCACGUGACCUUCUACCUCGAUUUCUUGCUGAAAACUGAGAAAGCUUACAACGAUCUUGACUGGGCUUCUGCCAUGCAGUAUCUCUUAUACAAGAAAGGACCAUUGUCAUCCACAGGAAUGUCUCAACUAACUGCGAGAGUUAAUACAAAAUACGCUGAUCCCAGUGGACGAGACCCAGAUCUGCAAAUUUUCUUUGCUGGCUACCUGGCUAAAUGCUCCAAAACUGGAGAAGCUAUGUCUUUGGAAGAUCCGGAAAAUCCCAACAAACCCAAGCACCUUACAAUUUCACCAGUCACUCUACAUCCCAAAAGUAGAGGUGCUAUCAGUUUGAAAUCCAACAAUCCACUAGAUCCUCCCUCCAUCAAGGUCAAUUACUUGAAGGAACCACAAGAUAUCGCCACUUUGAUUGAAGGAAUCAGGGUUAUCCAGAGAUUAGCAAAUACGACAGUGCUCAAAAAGAAGUACGGAAUUGAGAUGGUGAGGGAUGAUUAUGGAGAUUGUGGAAAACAGCAUAGGUACGAUUCUGACGCGUUUUGGGACUGCGCAAUAAGACUAUACACUGGUGCAGAAAAUCACCAGGCAGGUUCCUGCAAGAUGGGGCCAUCUUCAGACGCAAUGGCUGUCGUGGACCCCCAGUUGCAAGUUCAUGGAAUUUCCGGUUUGAGGGUGAUGGACGCCUCAGUAAUGCCUUCUCUUGUUUCCGGAAAUACACAUGCAACCUGCGUCAUGAUCGCGGAGAAAGGGGUUCAGUUUAUCAAGGAUAAGUACCGCCCCUCUCUGCCAACCCGGUUUGGCGCUGGGUUCCAGCCCUUAAAUCAAGGUGGAGGGAUGCUGAAGCCAAAUUAUACGACAGUGAGGGAUCCUCACAGCCCCUUUCCAAUCUUGAAUAAGCGCCCCGGCGGUCCUUUUCAAGGACCUCCCCCCCAUGGUAGACCAGGUGGUGCUUUCGGUCCUUCUAAUGGACAGUACGACCCGUACCAGCAUUAUCAGCACCCUUGGCAGCAGAGGGCUAACCAGAAUGGAUCUCAGUUCAGUAACCAAGUGAAGAGACAGUACAAACAGUUUAAUAAUAACAACCAAUAUGGCUAUCGACGCUAGUACAAUGAUUGUCCUUGAUGCAGGGUUUCGAAUUUCUGGACCUCCAAUUUGAAGGAAGAAAGAAGUUCAGGGAAAAAACUUCAGUAUGAAGUUUGACUGUACAGUUUAACUUUUAGGUAGUUGUAGUAUAUGUUUCUAUGAAUGCUCCAUUGUUAGUCAGUGGGAGUAUUCGAAUUGUAAUAUAACGAAAUUGUAUUGUUGCAUUUUGUGAAUAUUUUUCUAUGAAAUAAAAUACUCAAUGAGAUAUGAUCGAAUGUCCAAUAAAA